AUGGAUAAAACAAUUGUUCAUUCUUACUGUAUUAUUGCAUUAUUGCUGAUAUUAUCAUUAAACUGUCACGCAGAGAAUGCGACAAAUGUGUUCGAUAUAAGGAAUGAAUGUAAUACGGUAGAAAGAUACGUGGCGGUUGUACUGUUUUCACUGCUUUUGUUAUACGGUAUUGUCAGCAAUGUACUGUUAAUGGUGGUAUUCUGUAGCCGUGACAAUCUUUACAGUCGAGCGUUCAUUAUUAUCGCAUCACAAAUUAUUGUUUGUAGCUUCUUGAACUUUAUCCCACAAGCGACCAUUGUUGUGCUUAAAAUAGUAAGGAACAAAAAUUUUGGGACAUGGAUUUACCGAAUAUUUUCUGUUUUGAGUACAUUUUCGUUUUUCGUCUCGUUGCACUUAACAUUUUUAUUGGCAAUGAAUCGCCUUAUAGCUAUACGUUUUCCAAAAUUUAACGCUUUUUUCAAAUCGAUGAAAUUCUAUUUUCUGCUCAUCUUCCUAUGGUUAUCAGGUUUCGGAUAUGAGCACAAGAAAACGAUUGCAACAAGCAAAUAUGAACGAAUGAUGUUGAUUCAGGCAGUGUUUGUUUGUGGUGCAAUGGAAAUUCAAAUUUUCUGUUUCAACUUCCUGUCGAAGCUUACCAUCAAACUGGUAGGCAAAGAAGUUGAAAUUUUCGUCAAUAUUUUGACCAACUGUUUUGUAAUUUUCAGUGCUGCUGUAUUGCCUACCGCCAAUUUAAUUUUCGUCAAACGAUUUCGAGAAAGCGUGAAACAAGCACUCGUAAAAUUAUUUUCUAAAAUUAAGGUCACGAAAAGAAUGUUUACUGAUUACCACUUACAUUAA